AUCAAACUUGAGAGCCAGCUAGCUGUGGAAAGGUCAACUUGGGCUACUGUUAACUAGUCUGCUGAAUUGGGAAACGCGUGUUUCGGAAGCAUAGUGAAAUGUCAUUAGCCAUGUAUAAGUAUUUUGGUUCGUGACUUCAUAAUGUUCAUUACUAUGUGGUAAUCUUGUUUAGAUAGCCUACCUGUAUCUAAAUAUGUUCCCACAUCAUUCAACAAUUAAUGAAAAGAAGCACUGUACCCGCGAAAACCAGCUGCCCUGGAAGUAAACCUUACGUCACGCUGAGAGAGUAAAAGCAAAGUCCUUAUAGGCUUAUUAUAAUGUAUCUGGUAAAAGAUGAACAGAAUAAAGGCCAGUUAUAAGAUAAAUAUAUAUUUAGAAAAGAACUUACAAGCGACGCAAGAAAGCAAGUUAUACGCGAUUUAUAACUUUCGGUCAAUGCGGUCGCUGACUCCUACAAUAAAAGUCUUCACAUGGUGGAAUACAAAAUUGAUACACAGCUAUCAGCAAUGGUAGCUAGGUUAGCUAUAAGAACUUCAUGUUAUUGUUAACUAUUUCUGAGAAAACGGAUAAGUUUUUUUUUAAUGGCUGUGGUAUUUCCAAAUAUUCAGCUUCGAAUUUUGAGCGUACCGAUAACAAGCCUUCAUCUGAAACGAUUUUGGAAUUCUACUAAGUAUACUAAGGUUUCAUCCAAGGUGAAGAAAUUUAAAACAAACACCAGUGCCGUUCUGCCCUCGCCAUCCCUGAGUCCCGAACUUCUUGAGAAGAUCGCUAAGAACAAGAAGGCGGCACAGGAGAGGCUAGCUGCUCGCUCAGCUCCGGAGGGUAUCGGGAAAAGUUGGCAGCGAGCACUUGGCGCUGAAUUUGGAAAAACUUAUUUCAAAUCAUUAAUGUCAUUUGUUGCGGAGGAGAGGCAAAAACAAACCAUCUAUCCACCCCCUCACCAAGUGUUUACAUGGACACGGAUGUGUGAGAUUGAAGAUGUGAAGGUAGUGGUGCUUGGCCAGGAUCCCUAUCAUGGGCCUAACCAGGCUCAUGGUCUGUGCUUCAGUGUGCAGAGGCCUGUUCCCCCUCCUCCAAGCUUGGUAAACAUGUAUAAAGAACUGGAGGCAGACAUUGAGGGCUUUCGGCAUCCCGGUCAUGGUGAUCUGACCGGAUGGGCAAAGCAAGGUGUUCUUUUGCUGAAUGCUGUUCUAACUGUCCGAGCACAUCAGGCCAACUCUCACAAAGAUAAAGGAUGGGAGAUCUUGACAGAUGCUGUGGUGAAUUGGCUUAGCGCUAACCUAGAAGGUCUGGUCUUCAUGCUGUGGGGCGCCUAUGCUCAGAAGAAGGGGGCUGCAAUUGACAGAAAACGACACCAUGUACUCCAGGCUGUUCAUCCCUCCCCACUGUCUGCACAUCGUGGCUUCUUUGGGUGCAAGCAUUUCUCAAAGACCAAUGAACUACUGAAAAAAUCAGGAAAGAAACCCAUAGACUGGAAAGCACUGUGAGUCAGUGGAACAUGAAUGCCUAGAUUUGUUUCAUUUGAAUAAUACCUCUCACAAUAAGCUUUUUUGAGCUGGCCAGCGCGGUCAUUUUCACUAGUUUUACACUAUUUGCAUAAAAGACAAAUUACACUGGACAUUUUUCUCCAGGUCAUGUUUUGUUGUUGCUUUUUUCAGUUUUCUAGUGUAACCAUAGAAUUAUAAUGAGUAAAGUUCUGUUUCUGUGUGUGUGCCUUUUCCUUUCUUUAGUGGGGUUUGCUUGUGCAGACUGAUUUGAUCUAUAAGCUAGUUUGCUCUUUGCAAAAGGUUUGUGAUUGUGUGUGUGUGUGUGUUUUGAAUUCCUUGUACUUUGUAAACCUCUGAUGAGGAGUGGAAGCUUCAUUGCUUCUGCCUUCUGCCAGAAAACAAUUUAUGCAUGUGCACUAUUUUAUAACUUUGUCCAUGUUAAAAAGGGCCUUUUGUAUUAAUAAACAUGUUCUUAUUUACACUUUGAGAGCCCACGUUGAUUGUUCUUGACUUUUUUCUUGUUCUUGACUUCCAAUCUAUCUAAUUAUUAACUAACAUAAUUUGCUACAUGUUAAUGACAUUAUUUCGAAUGGCUGUAGUUCCAGUUAAUGAAAACCUUUCUGUUACUGGUCUUGUCAUUAUUUACCAGUGGAGCAAAUUACGUAUCCUCCAUUUUCUGUUGAUUACAUUUUUAUGGUGAGGAUAACAUGCAAUUGUAUGUUUAAUCUGACUAAUUACUGCAAAUGGAUAUAAUU